AUGGGCAUGUUGGAUGUGGUCUGCGUGAUUCAACCAAUCUGCAAGCAAAGAUCAUGGCACAGUCUUGGGGGAGAUUAUUCAAGGCCGUUAUUAGAGGGUUCAGAGAUCCUCCCGAGGUUGCAACUGAUAGAAAAGCGAAUGUGUUGGCAUGGUCAUGCAGGUGGAGGGCUUCACACGGAUCCAAAGGAAGGGCUGAAAGAGAUAGAUGCCAAAAAGAUUGUCAGAGCAAUGUUGUCUUAUGUGUGGCCCAAAGACAGACCAGACCUGCGAGCCAGAGUAGCCAUAUCGCUGGGGUUUUUAGCAAGUGCAAAGGCUAUGAAUAUAUUGGUUCCCUUCAUGUUUAAAUAUGCAGUAGACAACCUCAACGAGGUAUCUGGAAAUAUACUCCACCUUGGUGAUGCACCAAAUACAGUGGCAACUGUGGCAACUGCUGUUCUCAUUGGCUAUGGUAUCUCAAGAGCUGGGGCAGCGUUAUUUAAUGAAGCUAGAAAUGCAGUAUUUGGGAAGGUAGCUCAAAAUUCAAUCAGAAGGAUAGCAAAGAAUGUUUUCCUACAUCUUCAUAACCUGGAUUUGGCGUUCCAUCUAAGUAGGCAAACCGGAGCUCUGUCAAAAACCAUCGACAGAGGAACAAGAGGCAUCAGUUUUGUUCUUAGCGCUUUAGUAUUUAAUCUGGGACCUACCAUGUUCGAAGUGGCACUAGUCAGUGGAAUUCUGUAUUACAAAUGCGGUGCAGAGUUCGCUUUAGUAACGCUGGGGACGCUAGGAGCCUAUGCAGCAUUCACAAUAGGAAUUACACAGUGGAGGACUAAGUUUCGAAUAGAAAUGAACAAAGCAGAUAAUGAUGCGGGUAAUGCUGCAAUUGACUCGCUACUGAAUUAUGAGACUGUGAAGUAUUUCAAUAAUGAAAAAUAUGAAGCCCAGCGGUAUGAUGAAUUCUUGAAGAUAUAUGAAAAUGCCUCCCUGAAGACUACCUCUACUUUAGCUCUCCUGAACUUUGGACAGAGUGCUAUAUUUAGCAUUGGUUUAACAGCCAUCAUGGUGCUUGCUAGCCAGGGCAUUGUUUCAGGCAGCCUCUCUGUUGGAGAUCUAGUAAUGGUGAAUGGAUUGCUGUUCCAGCUUUCUCUUCCCCUGAACUUCCUCGGAACAGUAUACAGAGAGACAAGACAAGCACUUAUAGAUAUGAAUACCUUGUUUACACUUCUCAGUGUAGAUACGAAAAUUAAAGACAAAGAGCUGGCUCCACCCCUACAGAUCACACCACAGACUGCUGCCGUCACCUUUGAUAAUGUGCAUUUUGAAUACCUUGAGGGGCAGAAAGUCCUUGCUGGAGUGUCUUUUGAAGUCCCUGCAGGAAAGAAAGUGGCCAUUGUAGGAGGUAGUGGGUCAGGGAAAAGCACAAUUGUGCGAUUAUUAUUUCGUUUCUAUGAACCUCAGAAAGGAAAUAUUUAUAUUGCUGGACAGAACAUACAAGAUGUCAGUUUGGAAAGUCUCAGAAAGGCAAUUGGAGUUGUACCACAGGAUGCUGUUCUCUUCCAUAAUACCAUCUAUUACAAUCUCCUCUACGGCAAUAUCGGUGCAACACCUGAAGAGGUGUAUGCAGUAGCAAAGUUGGCAGGAAUCCACGAUGCUAUUCUUCGAAUGCCAAAUGGUUAUAACACGCAGGUUGGUGAACGAGGACUCAAGCUCUCAGGAGGAGAAAAGCAGAGAGUUGCGAUUGCUAGAGCAAUGUUAAAGGAGCCACUUAUUUUUCUCUAUGAUGAAGCCACAUCAUCUUUAGAUUCAAUUACAGAAGAG